AUGGCCACAGCUGCCUCCGUGACCAGCCUGGCAGAUGAGGUCAACUGUCCCAUCUGCCAGGGCACCCUGAGGGAGCCGGUCACCAUCGACUGUGGCCACAACUUCUGCCGGGGCUGCCUCACACGCUACUGCGAGAUCCCAGGCACGGACCCCGGGGAGGCCCUCCACGGGGAGGCCCUCCCCUGCCCCCUCUGCAAGGAGCCCUUCCGCCCGGGGAGCUUCCGGCCCAACUGGCAGUUGGCCAGCGUGGUGGAGAGCAUCGAGCACCUCAAGCUGGUGUCUUCGCCGGACUCCGAGGCAGAGGACAUCUGCAGGGAGCACGGGGAGAAGGUCUACUUCUUCUGUGAGGACGAUGAGAUGCAGCUGUGUGUGGUGUGCCGGGAGGCCUGGGAGCACCGAGCCCACACCGUGCGCUUCCUGGACGAGGCAGCAGGGCCCUACAGGGAACAAAUACAGAAGUGUCUUGAGUGUCUAAGGAAAGAGAGAGAGGAGAUUCAAAGAAUCCGGUCGAGAGAAAACGAAAGGAUACAAGUCCUCCUGUGUCAGGUUGCCACCAAGAGACAGAAAGUGGUCUUCGAGUUUGCACACCUCAGCCAGUUCCUGGAGGAGCAGCAGAGCAUCCUCCUGGCCCAGCUGGAGGAGCUGGAUGGGGACAUCCUGAAGCAACGGGACGCGUUCGAUGUCCUGGUCAGCGAGGAGAUCUGCCGGUUCAGCAGCCUGAUCUCCGAGCUGGAGGAGAAGAACGGGAGGCCGGCCCGAGAGCUCCUGACGGACAUCAGAAGUACUCUGAUAAGAUGUGAAACCAGAAAGUGCCGGAAACCAGAGGCUGUGUCCCCUGAGCUGGGCCAGAGGAUUCGGGACUUCCCCCAGCAGGCUGUCCCGCUGAGGAUGGAGAUGGAGAUGUUUCUGGAGAAGCUGUGCUGCGAACUGGAUUCUGAGCCAGCGGACAUCUGCCUGGACCCCCAGACCUCCCACCCCAAGCUCCUCUUAUCUGAGGACCGGCGGCGCGCGCAGUUCUCCUACAAGUGGCAGAGCUCGCCAGACAGCCCCCAGCGCUUUGACCGGGCCACCUGUGUCCUGGCCCUCAGUGGCUUCACGGCGGGGAGACACACGUGGCUGGUGAAGGUGGACCUGGCCCACGGGGGCAGCUGCACGGUGGGCGUGGUGAGCGAGGCCGUGAGGCGGAAGGGGGAGCUACGGCUGCGGCCGGAGGAGGGUGUGUGGGCCGUGAGGCUGGCCUGGGGCUUCGUGUCAGCGCUGGGCUCCUUCCCCACGAGGCUAGCGCUGCAGGAGCAGCCCAGACAGGUGCGCGUGUCCCUGGACUACGAGGUGGGCUGGGUGACCUUCGUCAAUGCGGUCAGCCAGGAGCCCAUCUACACCUUCACGGCCUCCUUCACCCAGAAGGUCUUUCCCUUCUUUGGGCUCUGGGGCCGAGGGUCCAGCUUCUCCGUGAGUUCCUGA